AUGUUGGUAAUCAGUGCAGGUAAUGCCAGUAAUGCAGGUAAUGCUGAUGAUGCUAGUAAUGCUGGUAAUGCAGGUAAUACUAGUAAUGCUGGUAAUGCUAGUAAUGCAGGUAAUGCUGGUGAUGCUAGUAAUGCUGGUAAUGCAGGUAAUACUAGUAAUGCUGGUAAUGCUAGUAAUGCAGGUAAUGCAAGUAAAGCUGGUAAAGUACGUUAUAUUAGUAGCACUGGUAAUGCAGGUGAUGCUAGUAAUGCUGGUAAUCCUAGUAAUGCAGGUAAUGCUAGUAAUGCUAGUAAUGCUGGUAAUGCAUGUAAUGCAGGUAAUGCUGGUAAUGCACGUAAUGCUUGUACUGCUAGUAAUGCAGGUAAUGCUGAUGAUGCUAGUAAUGCUGGUAAUGCAGGUAAUACUAGUAAUGCUGGUAAUGCUAGUAAUGCAGGUAAUGCUGGUGAUGCUAGUAAUGCUGGUAAUGCAGGUAAUACUAGUAAUGCUGGUAAUGCUAGUAAUGCAGGUAAUGCUAGUAAUGCUAGUAAUGCUGGUAAUGCAUGUAAUGAAGGUAAUGCUGGUAAUGCACGUAAUGCUUUUACUGCUAGUAAUGAAGGUAAUGCUGGUAUGCUAGUAAUGCAGUGCCUAAUGAUGGUUUAA